CAUGACUAGUGGUCCUCCAGUGAGCCGCAGCAACAGAAACAUUUGUAGUGUCGUCCGGUUAGAUAUCUGCCUGGCGUUUGUUGUUUAUUACUGUUUUUAAGAUGAAGCUUCAGUGUUUAGUCGUUGCUCUGUGCUUUGGCGUGAGUGUAAUGGCUGGGAAAUACUCCCGUGAAAUGAACGAGCAGAAGCCGAGCGGUGGUGAUGAGCAAACGGAGUUCAGGAUAGCUAAGCUAAACCAGGUGUGGGAGAAGGCUAAACGGAUGCAGUUGUCCCCGGUGAGGCAGACUGAGCUGCACAGUGACCUGAAGAUCCAGGAGAAAGAUGAGCUGCAGUGGAAGAAGAUAAAGGUGGAGGGGUUGGAUGAAAACGGGGAGAGAGAGGCCCAGCUGCGACGUAACUUCAACGUGAUCCUCGCCAAGUACGGAAUGGACGGGAAAAGAGACACUCGACCACUGGAGAGCAACUACCUGAAGGACCACGAUACCAAAGAGGGCGACAUGUUUGAUGAUCCUAGGCUGGAUAAACUCUGGAACAAGGCCAAGAAUUCUGGGAAGUUUUCCAGUGAAGAGUUGCAGAACCUGAAGAGGGAGUUCCAGCAUCACAAGGACAAAACCCAUGAGUACAACAUCCUCAUGGAUACUGUCAGCAGGACCGAGGAAAUCCACAAGAAUGUGAUCUCUCCCCUGGAGGGCGACGCCAAAGAGCAUGUGCUGCACCAGAAGCACACAGACCUGAAGCAGAAAAUGAGAGACCUCAACCAGGGCUUCGAGCGCCUCCGUAAGCUCAGCCACGAGGGCUUCACUGAAGACAGCGAGUUUCGGGAGCCCAGAGUGAUUGAACUGUGGGAGGCUGCCAAGAGAGCCAACCUCACUGAAGAUGAGCUGGACUCUCUCAAGGAGGAGCUGCGGCACUUCGAGGCCAAGGUGGAGAAGCACAGCCAUUACCAGGAACAGCUGGAGCUCUCCCACCAGAAGCUGCGACACGUGGAGGCUCUAGGAGACAAAGAGCACAUCAAGAAGAACCAGGAAAAGUACAACACAAUCGCUGAGAAGACCAGGGAGAUAGGCUACAAGAUGAAGAAACAUAUGCAGGACUUGUCCAACAAGAUCUCUCGUCAGGGACUCCAGCACAAUGAGCUCUGAGAGGCUGAGAUCAUCACGUCAGUGAAGGUUGAAUGAACUGAAAUAAUUGUCUCUACAACCACACACCACGUAUGCCAAGUUCCCCCAUUCCACAAGUACUGUUUAAAAAAAUCAGUGUUUUCUACUUUUCUAGUGUUAUUAGAUGAUGAUUUGCUUAAAUGCCUGAAUGAAUGAAUGAAUGAAUUGUGGAGUGUUUGUAUAUAUUAUACAUGAGAGAUUUGUUUUGAAAUCAGCUGGACUUUUUGUGUUAGGUAACUGGUGUUAUCAGUCACGGUACAGACAGAAUGAAAUGGAAUAGUUAAGAUAUUAGUCUGGUACUUUGUAGGAACAUUUAUUUGUACAAGUCAGGAAGGUGUAAAAGAAAUGUCAGAAUGCGCCAAAAGAAAGCCAAGUUUUGUGAGUAUGGUUAAGCAGUUGAGUCACUCUUGUUGUAGUUGAGCUGCAGGUCCUGGAGAACAGCCAACUGACUGACUGUGCACUUCAUCCUGCAGGAAUAUUGGCACAUCGGUGGCCAGAUAAUUUGUCCACACCCGUCUGUCGUUAGAGCGCCAAGUAAUAAAUGCAACAUCGGAUAGGCUGUUACUACUGUACUAACUCAUAGCUUCGUCUGCUGAAAUAUUGUAAUGCUAUUGCAAUUGUGUAAUCAAUAUAAAGUGAAGGAUGAUUGCAGAUACAGGUUAGAAGCAUUGAAAAGCGGAAACCUGAAAAUGUAACAGCAAUCUUUAAUAUUCAGUAAGAUACAGGUGCCAACAACAUACAAACAGUAAUAUUUUAAAAAAUAUAGAUUCAUAUCAUUCAUACUGUUUUGGCAUAAAUAAAAGCAUUUUCUAUUUACAAGUCCUGUAGACGAAAGCCGUCCCUGUAGUGAAAUUAACGAGCUAUUCUUGGUAAAAUGUUCAGCUUUUCUAA